CUAUUCCCUAUGAGUUAUGAGGGACCAAUCACUCCAAAAACCCUUCCUUUUCCUUCUUAUUUUCAACUCUUUUCCAAUUUUUUUUUUUCUUUUUUUGUUUUCUUUUGGUUACUCAUUUACUUGCUUACUUGCAAACUAGUUCAUCAUUUUGGAUUUUUUUUUUUUUUUUCUUUAACGUCGGUGCUUUUCAAUUUGUUCUUCAAAUUAGUACAUUUUUUUCCAACCCUAAACAUACCCACCAUCCUUUAGAUCUUCAAAAUCCAAAAUUUCGAAUUGGGUUUUGUUAAAGGAUGGAUUUUGGGUUCAAUUCACUCCAAAAUCACCAUCUUCGCUCGAGAAAUGGCCUGAAUUUGGAGCCGGCGGAGGAAGCUAGUUCCGCCGCCGUGGAUUUCGACGGUGGUGGUGGUGGUGGCGGUGGAGGAGAGGUUGAGAGGGAACAUAUGUUCGACAAAGUGGUGACGCCGAGUGAUGUUGGGAAAUUGAAUCGGUUAGUGAUUCCAAAGCAACAUGCUGAGAGGUUUUUCCCAUUAGAUUCAUCAACAAAUGAAAAGGGUUUGCUUUUAAAUUUCGAAGAUCGCCACGGGAUAUCGUGGCGGUUUCGUUACUCUUACUGGAAUAGUAGCCAGAGUUAUGUUAUGACUAAAGGUUGGAGUCGAUUCGUUAAAGAGAAGCGUCUCGACGCCGGUGAUGUCGUUUCGUUUCAACGUGGAGUUGGUGAAAUUGGAAGAGAUCGUCUUUACAUUGACUGGCGUCGUCGCCCGGAGCUUCCAAUUGACCACCACCACCACCACCACCACCAUCCCAUCGGCAUCCGACCAAGCAUCGUCAUGCCCACCACCGCUACCGCUUGGGGGUCAUUAGUAUGGCAACCACUCGGCGUAACAGCAACUGGGUAUCAUCAUCAUCCAGCUACCGUAGCACCGCAGGACCACACACACAUGUCGCGAAUAAACAAUAACAGCAACAACAACAGCAACAUUAACGCUAUGUAUGAUAGGAAUAGAGGGUAUUGUCCUUACGGAUAUGGGAGUGUUGAAUCAUCAUCGUCAUCAGAAAUGGUGUUUUUUGGGAGAGCCCCAAGAUUAGGGGAUGGUUUGGAGGGGAAGAAUGAGAUGCAGCCGGAGUAUAUGAGUAGUGGCGGUGGCGGUGGUUCGAUGGCGGUCCAAGAGAGUUACAGCGAAGAAGAUACGCCGGUGAAGAGAUCAAGGCUGAGGCUUUUUGGUGUAAAUAUGGAGAUGGAGUGCCCAAUAAUGUCAUCUUCUUCUGAUGAAUGUGACUUAUUACUGUCUUCCUCUUCUAAUUCAAACCCCAAAACCACCGCUCCUUCCAAUUGACUUCUCUUGUUUACAGGUAAACUUCAUAUCUUUGAGGUUCCAAAUUUAUUAUGUAUCUCCAAUUUCAAACCAAAUCAAACCAAAAUAGAUGACAAUUUCCAAUCAAAUCACAACAUUUUAUAUAUAUAUAUAUAUAUAUAUAUAUAUAAUAGUUGGAUUCUGUGAAUGAAUGAAUGAAUGAGGUAUGGGAUUAAUUAGUA